GCGUGCGAGGCUCCUCCGACCCGCUCGCAGCCCAGCGCCCUUCUCGGGCGCCCCUUCCGUGCCACUCCGGGAGCGAUGCCCCCCGCCCCCUGCGCCCGCCGGCAGCGACACGAGCAUGGAGAAGUCGAGUAGCGAGGAUUCUUCGAUCCACCGGAGUCCAUCUUUGGACAGCAAGGACUCGGACUUUGCCAAGCCGUCCACCUCGGGCCGCCCGUUCGGCCGCGGCUUCACGGCCGGCGCCUUCUACGGCACCGCGGGCUCCCGCGGCCAGAGCCACGCCGAGGCCGGCGUGAAGACCGACAAGUACAAUGCGCCCAAAGGCAGCAAGUACGUGGUGUUUUAUCUGGACCUGUCCUUUGUUUUCCUCCUAGAAUUUAAGAAGUGCAACAUGGCCAGGGGCUGCCUGUGCUGCCUCAAGUACGCGAUGUUCCUCUUCAAUCUGAUAUUCUGGCUCUGUGGCUGUGGGCUGCUUGGAGUGGGCAUUUGGCUGUCCGUGUCGCAAGGCAACUUUGCCACCUUCUCCCCCAGCUUCCCCUCGCUGUCAGCAGCCAACCUGGUCAUCGCCAUAGGCACCAUCGUCAUGGUGACGGGCUUCCUCGGUUGCCUGGGGGCCAUCAAGGAGAACAGGUGCCUCCUCCUCAGUUUCUUCAUCGUCCUGUUGAUCAUCCUCCUGGCAGAGCUGAUCUUAAUUAUCCUCUUCUUUGUCUACAUGGACAAGGUGAAUGAGAACGCCAAGAAGGACUUGAAGGAGGGCCUGCUCCUGUACAACUCGGAGAACAACGUGGGGCUGAAGAACGCCUGGAACAUCAUCCAGGCAGAGAUGCACUGCUGCGGUGUCACCGACUACAGAGACUGGUUCUUGGUGCUGGGGGAGAACACGGUUCCCGACCGCUGCUGCAUGGAGAACUCCCAGGGCUGCGGACAAAACAACACCACCCUCGUGUGGAGGACGGGCUGCUACGAGAAGGUCAAACAGUGGUUUGCUGACAAUAAGCACGUGCUCGGCACGGUGGGGAUGUGCCUUCUAAUCACGCAGAUCCUGGGCAUGGCCUUCUCCAUGACCCUCUUCCAGCACAUCCACCGGACUGGGAAGAAGUACGACGCCUGAGCGGCUGGCCGAGCGCCCCGGCCCCCGCAGACACUGUGCGAGGGAAGAGGCCUUCAGCUCUGUGUCGCUUGCACCUCCAGACUGCUGACCCCUGCAUCCCCACCCUGGCCUGCCUUCCCGGUCACCUGCCGAAGCCUUGUCGGAGGGUGGAGGCCGCAGGCAGGGGAGGAAAUGCAGAGACCUUGGGGUGCUGGGGGGCCCGGAUUCCUGUGUAUUUGCCAAA